CCUAGAGAUGGCACCAAAAUAUAAGUUAACUUACUUCCCCAUAAUGGGUCUGGCCGAGCCCAUACGUUUUCUUCUAUCCUAUGGCAAGACUGAAUUUGAAGAUGUACGAUGUGAGAUGGAGAAGUGGCCAUCAAUGAAAGAAUCAACGCCCUUUGGGCAGCUUCCAGUUCUUGAAAUCGACGGGAAGAAGACGUGGCAGUCUCACGCUAUAUGUCGUUACUUAGGCAAGCAAAUGGGCUUGGCUGGAGCUAAUGACUGGGAAGAUCUCCAGAUUGACAUGGCUGCUGAUACAAUAUCAGACAUAAGAAUGAAAAUGGUAAGUCAUGCACAUGAGACUGACGAAACAUUAAAGCAAAAGAAGAAAGCAGCAGUCAUAAAUGAAAGUCUACCAUUUUUGUUGCCAAGACUAGAUCAAAUGGUGAAGGAAAAUGGAGGUUAUCUUGCAAAUGGCAAGCUUUCAUGGGCAGACCUCUAUUUUGUAGCACUGAUCGACUACCUCAGGGGCAUUAUUGGAUUUGAUAUAACAAAAGAUUAUUCAAACCUUGCUGUGCUCAAAAAGACCGUACUUGAAAUACCAGCUAUUAAACAGUGGGUUGCGAAGAGACCAAAAACUGAAAAGUGA